AUGUGUGGAAGAUAUGCGUUGGAUUGCACGGCUGGCGAGCUGGAUCAACGGUUCACAGAGCUGGGCUUUGAUUUCGAAAACGCAAGACAGCCAGAUACCUCGCAAGUCCAGCCUUCCUUUAAUGUUGCACCAACUAACACUGCACCAGUUUACACGCACCACAAGAAGGUUCGGGACAUGAAAUGGGGGCUUAUCCCACACUGGGUCUCAGAAGUUUCCAAAUCGCAACCCUACAAAACCUUCAAUGCUCGAUGCGAGAACAUCGCAAGCAGUAAAAUGUGGACCACGCCUUGUAACUACAAAAGAUGCGUUGUGCCCGUCAGUGGCUAUUUUGAAUGGCUUACGAAGGGGAAAAAGAAGAUUCCCUACUACGUAACCCGAAAAGACCGCGAACUUAUGUUUCUGGCAGGCAUGUACGAUCACGUCGAGUCUCAUAAUCUGUACACUUUCACGAUCAUAACUGCUCCGGCUCCAAGUAACAUGGAAUGGCUGCACACGCGUAUGCCAGUGGUUUUAAAUUGGGGGUCGAAGCAGUGGAAGGCGUGGCUGGAAGACUCCAAAACGCAGUGGACGGAGUCCGAACUGCAAGCUGUUCUGCAAGCGCAGUGCAACGAGAAUGAACUGGAAUGGUGGCAGGUGAGCUCCGAUGUGGGGAAGGUGUCAAACAACGGGAAGUACCUCGUUGCUCCAGCCAAGGCUCCGAUUCGCGAAAUGUUCAAAAAAGAGGCGAAAACCACCACAUCCUUAGCCAAGUCUGAAGAGAGUCCGGACUUGCCGCGCGAUGAGCAAAAACCUAAUGUCAAAACUGAAGAGGCCGAGGAGGAGAGCAAACCUGUCGUUCGUGAAUCCGGGCAGGAACUUGAGAAGGGACUCAAAGAGCAGCUAACUAAACCUGAAGCCGAAAAAGAGAUCAAAAGUAAACCAGGCACCAAAAGACGCAACAACGAUAUAACCCAAAUGCUCUGCUCCAAGAAACGUGUCAAACACUAG